ACUUUCAUUUAUUCCAGUACCAAUAAUCACAACUUUCUCCAUAUAUCUACGAACAUUCCAUUUCUCUGAAUUCCAAGUUCCUCACUCUCAAAACCAUCCCAUAUAUAUGGCGGAAUCCGCCGAGACCAAAAAUAUCAUCGACCCCGCCCGGGUGGAAAUUGACACUUCACCGCCGUUCGAGUCCGUUAAGGAGGCCGUCGACCACUUCGGCGGCAGCGGCCAUUGGAUUCCUCCUCACUUAGCUGCUCCGCCCAAUAAGAUCGAAGAGCAUGCAAUGCAACUGGAGAGGGAUCUUAUAAUGAAAGAGCAGCAAACACUCAACGUCUUGAAAGAGCUCGAGUCUGCAAAGAGGUUCGUGGAAGGCCUCAAACUGAAUCUCAUCCCCGACAGCCCCGACCUAAACCCGGACCUCCGCCACGACCAGAGCCCGACAUGGCCCUCGCCCGGCCUCAUGCUCCGCGAGCAGCUGAACCAGGCAAAGCUCAACCUGAGCCGAACGUCAGUUGAUCUGGCCGCAAUCCAAGCCUCGGUUGAAUCCCUCAACAAGAAUCUAAGAAAAGAUCAAAUCAUGCUUCACAAGGCAACCAAGAUUCAAAUGCAAGAGAAUUACCACCACCACCACCACCGCGAAGUCUCUCUAACCGUGUCAAACAACAAGCAGGAAGCGACCUCAUUCGAGGCUGAGCAGUUUAAAAAGAUGACUGAGGCCUCGAGGCACGAGGUCAUGGAGGCAAUGGCCGAAAUAGACCGCACCAAGGACUGCAUCCGGAUGGCCGAGAUGAGGCUCCACGCUGCCAAGAAGAUGGAGGACGCGGCCAAGGCCGUGGAGGCCAUCGCCCUCGCCCGAGCCAACACCACCAACCACCAUCCGUCAUCAAACAUCUGCGAUGGGAUCACGCUCUCCUUCGAGGAAUUCAAAUCCCUAUCCCAGAAGGCUAAGCAGGCGGACCAGCUCAAGUUCAUCGACACUGGGGGUGGCCUUCAGCGGCCACCUCCACCUGUUACAGAGAAAUUCGAGGACCAGAGCAGGUCCUCGGAUUUCUUGGUGAGCAGUAGGAAGGUGGUGGUGGAAGACGAGGUGAUGACGAGGCAGCACGUGUCGCUGAGCCAGAUGCUGAGGGAGCAGAGCAGGGCUAGUGGUGGUGGAGGAGGAGAAGGGAAUGUGCAGAAACAAUACUUCAUGCAGAGGAAGAAAUUUGGGUUUAUUCAAGUGCCUAUUCCUACAAAGCAAUCCAAGAAAAAGAGUAAAUCAUAGUACUAAUGUUUCUACUACUUCUUUGUUUUUUACUAUGUUGAGUGUUUCUUGGGAUUUUUCCAAGUAUUAAUUGUGUAACAUAAUUGGUUGUAUAAUCUUGCCUCUGUUAUUUCCA